ACGUCAAACAGCUAUGGUCAUUUACAAUUGUGUUUAUAACAGUGUACGACAGAUGUCAUGUUUUAAUGUUCCAUAUAUAGUCUUGAUGUCAUUCUAGUGUUAAACAUCUAAUUAGCAAAGGAUCUAAUUGGUAAAAUACCUGAUGUUUAUCUUCAAGUAGUUUUAUAGGAUGACGGGAAGUGAUAGUACAUGGAGUAGCUUUUGAAUCAAGUGCAGUCUAGAUAAUAAAGUUACAUUUUGAUGCAUUUUGACACUCUUGAUAAUUAUUAAAAGUGCUUGGAUAUUUUUUAUUUCAAAUACAACUCUUUUGGGAUAUUAAGUCAUAUAUCAGAAGGAAAAUAAAUAUUUGAGAGUGACAAUCAUAUUUUUCAAAUCUGAUUCAUAGUCUAAAAGACAAAAUUCUGACAAAAUAAAUAUUUUCCCGUGAGAAUUCGAUUUUGUGGUUAUGAUCAAGUGACUUGAGACAUAAUUAUCGUCACUAUAAGUGAUACAAGGGUUGAAAAAAUACUUACAUGUGAACAAAUUGAAGUUUGUAUAGCCCUGGGGGAAAAACGUGUUGUUUAUAUUUAGAUCAAAGGUUAUCAAGUAAAUUUAUCAAGCCUGAUCAGACAGAGAUGACAAUAAAAAUGUAAAUUGUUUUUCAAGUAUAGUAUAAUGAUCAAAAAUUAGAAUACACUGGUCCAGUAUAUGUGAUACAGGGAAAUUCAUGAGUAUACAUUGUAUAUUCUAGUAUAUAUAAGUGUAAAAAGAAGACAACUAGGGUUAAUAUAUUUUCCUGAGAGGGAUAUAAAUAUAGGCAGAUAGGGAGACAGUGCCUUGACAGGAAAAUAGUAAAUAUUUGUGUAAAAAAGUUAAAAAAAACUAAAGUAAAUCAAGAGUGGCUACUUAGAUACAAGAGGGCUAGUAAUAUUUAUGAUUAUGAUGAAGUGUGGAGGCUUAUUAAUAUUGUUGGGACUAAGUUUCUUGAAUGACAACAUAUUAGCUCUACAUGAUGAUAUAGAGGAAAGUUAUUGCAGUGGUGAUGCCGGUAUUAUGUUACAAAAACUGGUCAAUGACUGUUUCGGUGACUCAUUUGAUGGACGUCCACCACCUAUCAACUUUUGUAAUGAAAAUGGAGGACUUAAUUGUCCAGCAAUUAAGAAUGUUUUGAGCAUUUCACCAAGUUGUCACUAUUGUGAUAACAUAGCAGAUAAUAGACUUCAAUGCUAUGUUCAUCAAAAACGAAAUGCCAAUUGUGCAAUAAAUAAUUUCCUGGGUAGACUAGAUUGUGUCAAGGAAAAGGGUCAAUGUCGGAAGAAGCUCCUUACAACAAAUGGAAUUCAAGAAGUCACAACAUUGGAACAAUCAUCUGAUAAUACUAGGGACUUUUCAUCUUCUACACCAAGCACUGAAUUUGCUAAAUAUGGCUAUGAUAGAGACCAUGGGAAACAUAACCGCAAAGAGGAAUGUAAACCAUGUGAGUGUCACCAGACAGGGGAGACAACUGGGAUCUCAAUAGGGUUAGCUGUGGGGCUGUUGAUUGCUGGUUUGGUUAUAGGAGCUGUGGUGACAGGCGUAAUCUGUGUUUGUGUUCCCUCUAUGAAUAGAUCAGAGAAGAGAAGAAUAAGUUUAGACAAUUCAACAUCUCCAGAUGACAGAUUUCAAGGUCAAGGUUUAGCUCCAUCGGUUGCAGACAGCACGCUUCCAGUAGAAUCAAGUAUAUCUUAUCCUGUAGUUCCUUCAGCUCCCCCACAAUCACAAGGCUCUAUACAGACCGGGUACCACACCCUUGGUGGAAUGACAAACAACAGAGAUUCACAUACGUAUUCAGGGCUACAGCCAGACUCCCCAGAAUAUUUUGAGCCAAUGGCUGGUGGCGGCUCAUAUCAAUCCCCUCAGAAUAAACCAAUGAAAAAUCCUAAAACAGUUGGCUCGCCAGUUUACCAGGAGUUCUCUGACAAUGUUAUCCCAAGUUCAGUUAAUAAUAAUUCAAAGCAGAAUGCCAAUGGCAACAUAUACAAUUCUUUAACACAAAAUCAACCAAUCAAAGGCUCUGACACAAAUACUGAUGCAACCAAUCAGAACUAUUUUGCCUUGAAUCCUCAGAAUGAGGCUGACAGUUCAAAACCAACAGCCAAUGAGAGGCCAGUAUCUAACCAUCAAUAUUUUAUUCUUGAAAAACAGAAUAGUAAACAGUCGUCCUUUGAUCAAUCCCAGGACUAUAGUGAAAUUCCAAAUGAAACUGAUAAAACUUAUCACAACUAUUUUGUUCUGGAGAAACAAUAGUCACAGUUGAUAUGUGUAAAAAAAUUGUUAUUUAUUUAUAAGUACAUCUUCUAUGAAGAAAAUGUUGUGUGCGAAUUAAAUUUUCAAUAGAAACAACUUUUUUUGGUGCAAUAAAGUUUUUUAUCCAUAAUCUUGUUUUAAAUUACUGUAUAGAAACAUUUAAACAGCAUUAAAUUUGUAUAUGGGCUAUAUGUAUAUCCUUCUGUCAGUUACUGUAAAUAAUGUCUUUACAUUUUUGCAUAAGAUGCAAGCAUUAUGUUAACCAUAAUAAAUUUUGAAAUAUG